AACGAGCAUAGUCAGCCGUUCAAUAUGAAUGUAGCAUCCUGUUGUGAUGUUUAUUGUACAAGUUGUAGGAUCUGGUAUCUCAGUUUCCUGAGACCUGGUGAUUCUGUUCCAUUCAAGAAACCGAAACUAAUUCUACCGCUGGGUGUCGCUAAGAUAUUAAUUGCUACUGUGGUAAUAAUACUCGAUUGUCUUGCAUUGUUUUGUCAAACAAUGGGCAUGACGUCGCCGCCGCCAUCUUUCCUGGGAAGCCCGGGAUUUCCCCUCUGGAUAUCUUUGCUGGUAAUCCCCCAUUUAAGCGACGUUCCCGGUUUAACUUUCUUUUUAUUCCAGUUUAUUUUCUCGGGUUGCUGCAACGUUGUGGCUUUUAAACGAAAUUCGAGAUUCACGACCGCCAUCGCGUUCGGAUCUUCUUGUCUUUCAACAAUCGUGAUUGUCGUUCUUCUCUGUGUCGUCACAAUGGCAGUAGCGGAAGAAUUAUCAUUCUAUCAAUUGUCACAUAAAGGCGUUGGUGUCGUCAUCUCUUCGAUAAUAUGUUUGCUGGUACUUUCCCUUCUUGCUGUGACGUCAUCAUCAUCGCUUCUUUGUUACGUAGCUCUGACGUCACACGACGAUCGUUGGUUUACCGACAGGGGAACACAAUGCGACUCCACAGCGCCGUCUACCGGUGGCCACGAAUGUGCCAGCCUAACUAUUCCAUCCAACAAACCAGCCUUCGUUUUCUACGCUCCUUCAGAUGAAGCGGCGAAAUAUACGUCAGCGUUUCGUGACGUCAUUAGGGGACUGGAAACCAAAGACAAACUCGACCGAGAGUUUGAUGACGUCAAGACACCGGAUUCGAGCGAAGACGGGGUAGCAGUUAUUGAAGUAGACGGACAACCCCUGCCGGGGAAUUACCUGCAUAGUACUUAAGCUCUUAUGACGUAAUAAUGGACCUUACAAAAGAACAAACAAUU